UUUAUUAUUAUUGUAAAGAAAAAUAGGUAACCUGUAAUCCCUUUUCCCUUAUACACAAAAAAAAUUAUCCUAAUCUAAUUGGUGUAAAAAUAACUAUGUAUAUCGAUCGAUAGUGUGUGUAUCUGUGGUACACUAUUGAUUUUCUUUUUACCACAAAUACCAUUUCAUUCCUAUAUAUAUAUAUUAAUUAUUAAUAUCAUCAGCACAAUUCCUCAUAGUGAUCCAUUCAUUUCCAUUUUACAUAACCGUACCUAUUCCAAGAAUUCACUUUUGUAUCUUUGUUUAAAAGACUAUCAUAUAAACAGUAAUAAUUUUAGAAAAACAUGGAUGGAAUUAAAAAGAAAAUGAUUGCAAUGAAAUUAGAGAAAGAGAAUGCUAUGGAAAGAGCAGUACAAUAUGAAGAAUUACUUAAAAAGAAAGAAGAAGAACGUGAAAAACGUGAAAGUGAAAUUGCUGAAUUAAAUAAUAAAAUGAAACAAGCACAAAUUGAUUGUGAUGAAGCACAAGAAACAUUACAAGAACAAAUGAAUAAAUUAGAGGAAACUGAUAAACGUGCUACUAAUGCUGAAGCUGAAGUGGCGGCGAUGACUCGCAGAAUUCGUUUAUUAGAGGAAGAUCUUGAAGUUUCUUCAAGCCGUUUAACCGAAACAUUAACAAAGUUGGAGGAGGCAAGUAAAACCGCAGAGGAAAGUGAACGUGGACGAAAAGACCUUGAGAUUCGUUCGAUUGCUGAUGAUGAGCGGCUUAACCAGCUGGAGGACCAACAAAAGGAAGCCAAGUAUAUUGCCGAGGAUGCAGACCGUAAAUAUGACGAGGCUGCACGUAAAUUAGCUAUCGCAGAAGUUGAUUUUGAACGUGCGGAAGCUCGUCUCGAAGCUGCAGAAAGCAAAAUAGUAGAAUUGGAAGAGGAACUACGAGUUGUUGGUAAUAAUAUGAAAGCUCUUGAGAUUUCCGAACAAGAGUCAGCCCAACGUGAAGAAAGCUAUGAGGAAACAAUUCGAGAUUUAACAGAACGAUUGAAGGCUGCUGAGCAAAGAGCAACUGAAGCUGAACGUCAAGUAUCUAAACUACAAAAUGAGGUUGAUCAUUUGGAAGAUGACUUAUUGGCUGAGAAAGAACGAUACAAGGCUCUUAGUGGCGAACUGGAUCAAACUUUCGCAGAACUUACUGGUUAUUAAUAACACAAUCAGGAUAUUCGUUACCAUUAUCUUCAUUUUCAGAGGACGAGACUGGUCGUAAAGAUAUUGUUAAAGCUAUAUCUUCAAAUCUGUGCUCUAGAGAGUACCAUUAUAUUAUAUUCAAUUUGCAAUACUUCACUUUUGCAAAAUAUGCUUUUAUUAUUCGCUACUACCUAAACUAACUUCUUUACCGUCAUCUUUUCCCCAUGCACCCUCUUUCAAUCUAAACAAUACGAUUUUAGGCGUUUAUAUAUAGUAGCCUAUCUUAUCACUGCACUAAACUAACGAAAUCAAUAAAAUUGUUUUCCCACA